UUGUGUUUCGUCUGCAAAGGUUCGACCGAACCCAGGAUGAAAAAAAACAUAUUUACGUAUUUUUCUGAUAAAAGACGUGCCUUAUAACUACCGUGUACAGUACAGUAUUUCGCUUUAAAGCUUUCAUUGUCGUACCAUCCGCUUAUGCGAGUAUAAUAAGCAAGUUGACGUAACCAGUCGGCGGACGGAAGACAGUAUGUUGACGGAAGUAGACGUGGAUCUUGUGAUGAGAUCAGAGCCAAACCUGCACAGUAAACUGAAAUAUCUAUCAGGUUUUGACGCCAAAGAAGCUUACGAGUAACUAGUAAAUCAUAACCUCAGAUGGUGUUUAUUUGGUCAGAGUUUUUAUAUAGAUAAUUUGUUAUUUACCCGACCUUAUUAAAAAAUCAGCUUCUCAUCAAGCCAAUGAACUACCGUUCAUUGACUCAGUACUUUUGUAUAAAAAAACUGUGCGGUCCGUUCGAAAACAAGCAUAUUGUAAUUGUUUUUGCGCGUGAUUUCAUAUAAUUAUGUGGUGUGGAGUUGUAUUUUAACUGAAAUGUAAUACAGUUUUUGUCAACCUCGAAGAAACAUGUUAAGCCAAUGGCAGCUUCACUAUGAAUGUGCAACAUAAAAGUUUUGAAUGUUGCUGAUAGGAAGCAAACGUUAUUUUCAACUAGAGUCAUCGAAAUAUAACUGUGGUAUAUUACAGUAGAUAGAGUAUUUUGUUUUUUUAUAUUGCGUUAGUCCAUGGAGAAGAUGUCUCCAAUUCCCGCUCUUCCUCUUAUCAUUAACUGUUGUAUGUCUGCACUUGGGUGCGUUGCAACAGUGAAGCUUAUUCCUGCUUUUAAGAAUCAUUUCAUAUCUGCGAGACUCUGUGGCAUGGAUCUAAAUAAAACCAUAAAGAAAGAGGUGCCUGAAUCACAAGGGGUUAUCAGCGGCACAGUCUUCCUCAUCAUUCUCUUCCUCUUCAUCCCUGUGCCCUUCCUCCAUUGCUUCAUGGGAGAACGGUGUCAACGGUUCCCUCACAACGAGUUUGUCCAACUGAUUGGUGCUUUGUUGGCCAUCUGCUGCAUGAUAUUCCUGGGUUUUGCUGAUGAUGUUCUGAACCUACGAUGGAGACACAAGCUAAUGCUGCCCACUAUGGCCUCCCUGCCUCUACUCAUGGUCUACUUCACUAACUUUGGCAACACUGUCAUCGUCGUGCCCAAACCUUUCCGUGUCCUGCUGGGGAUGCAUCUGGACUUGGGCAUUCUGUAUUAUGUAUAUAUGGGGAUGCUGGCUGUGUUCUGUACAAAUGCCAUUAACAUCUUGGCUGGUAUCAAUGGCAUUGAGUCGGGGCAAGCUCUCUUCAUAUCUGGCUCCAUCAUCAUCUUUAAUUUUCUGGAGCUCAAUGGAGACUACAGGGAUGACCAUGUUUUCUCUUUGUACUUCAUGAUUCCCUUUUUCUUCACCACAUUAGCCCUCUUCUACCACAACUGGUAUCCUUCCUCUGUGUUUGUGGGAGACACUUUCUGUUACUUUGCUGGAAUGACGUUUGCAGUGGUCGGGAUACUCGGCCACUUCAGUAAGACCAUGCUGCUUUUCUUCAUCCCCCAAGUCAUCAACUUCAUUUACUCUCUGCCUCAGCUCUUUCACAUUAUUCCCUGUCCCAGACAUCGCCUGCCAAGGUUACAGUCUGACACGGGAAAGCUUGGCAUGAGCUACUCCAAAUUCAAACAGAAGGACCUGGGCAAAUUAGGACAACUUAUUCUAAAGGUGGCAGAAAUGUUAUGGCUCCUGGAUGUGCGUAGAGGGCAGGAAGGAGAUGAUGAGUUUAUUGAGUGUAACAACAUGACCCUUAUCAACCUGGUACUAAAAGUGCUGGGACCUACCCAUGAGAGGAACCUGACUGCAAUCAUGCUGUUAAUACAGGUCUUGGGGAGUGCCGUGGCGUUUGGAAUCCGGUAUCAUCUUGUGCGUCUGUUCUACGACGUCUAGACCACUGAAGCUCCUGAGAAACGUUACAACCUGCUGCUUUCAUUUGGAGAAAAAAAAUACUGAAAUAAAACUGAUUGUUGAUUAAUUACUAAACCGACUUUCCUCUAUAAAGUAUGGAAUCUUGA